AUUUUAUUUUACACCUAAUUUUUUUAAAUAAUCUUAUGCUUCCUUUAUUAUAUGUCCCAUAGUAUAUGAAUUAUCCAUAACUCAAUCUUUAAUAGUUCUAUAUGCUACCGACUACCACGUACGCAUUGCAAACUCCCAAAAAGGAAACUUGUGAUCAGGCCUCCCAAUUCCCAGAGCCAAGCUUAUUUGAAUCAAGGCUAAUGAGUAAUACAGUAAAAUGUGAAGAAGCAGUUGAAAAAGAAUUAAAGCUACUCCUCAUAUACCUAUCCAAAAAUAUUUCCUUAUUGAAAGAUAGUGUAUUUGAUGAGUUUGUGUUUGAAAAUUUAAGAACCUUGUCCUCCUUGUAAAAAGACCUUCCAGACAUGAUUAAAUAACGAUAUAUCUUAAUGAAUAAAACAAAAGAAGAAAUGACCAAAUUCAUAAUCAGGAGAUGCUUUCUCUUUAUCAAAAGCCAAAUUCACUAUGAAGAAAAGGAAGGAUUUACUGCUGAAGAGAGGGAUAGAAUGUUUUAUAAUUCUUUCUUCUCCGAUGACAAAGAAUUCAUGAAAUCUCAUUUGAAAGAAUCUAUUGACGAUAUGAUCCCAUUUAGAAAAGAUUCUAAGAUGAAAACGAUGAAUGACAUUUAUUUAAAAAGAUUAUUUGAGUCAGAAAGGUUCUCCAAAUAUUAUUCCUUAUUUUUAACCCAUUUCAAGGAUAUUUGCAUGAAUGAAAAUGAAGAGAAGAUUUAAAAUAUGAGCAAAUAAUUCUUCAAAAUUAUUGUGGCAAGGGAUUAUGGAAAAAUUAAAACAUAUAGAAGAUUCCCCUGGAAAGAUCAUGAAUUGGUCCAGUGUUAGGAGAGAGCCAAAACAUUGUACUCAUAAUAUUCUAAUUCGCAUAUUAAAAAAACAAAAAACAAAUUUCAUUCAAAAUGUGAUUCUCAUUAUUCAGUUUCUUUGGAAAAGUCCUCUUAAUCUUAAAAUUGAUUUGAUAUUAUUCAUUUAAAGCCAUCUUUAAAAAAUUUUA